AUGCAACAAGCAACUUCAAGUCUAGAGGCUAACAAAGACAAUGAUAAUCAACAAGACUCCACCUCACCAUCAUCCCAUCAGUCUUUUCCAUUAAAUUCUAACAAUGUUUCGAAUAGGAGAACAACAAUCACAGAAGAGUUGUUUAAUCGUGGAGUUCUCUACGGAAAAGAGAAGGAAUAUGAAAAAGCCUUUCAAUGUUUUAUGAAAGUUGCUGAAGAGUGUGAGUGUGCUGAUACACAAUUUAAAAUUGCUUAUUAUUAUCAUAUUGGUUUGGGUGUUGAGAAGGAUAUUCGAAAGGCUUUCGAAUGGUAUUUGAAGAGUGCAGAGAAUGGUUUUGCCAAAGCACAGUGUAAUGUUGGAUUGCUGUAUCGUUUUGCAGAGGGAGUUGAACAGAAUCUACCGAAAGCUUUCGAAUUCCAUUUAAGGGCUGCUAAACAAGGUAUAACAACCUCUAUGCUUGCUGUUGCUUGUUCAUACGAGUUGGGAAUGGGAAUAAUGAGAGAUAUUUCGAAAUCAUUUGAAUGGCUUUUGAAAGCUGCUGAGAAUGGUGAUGUAGGCGCUCAAUAUUAUGUCGGCCAUGCAUAUGAGAUUGGAGAGGGUGUUGAACCAGAUGAUACAAAAUCAUUUGAAUGGUAUUUGAAAGCAGCUGAACAAAUGGACGUAAGAGCACAAUUAGCAAUUGGCAUUUCUUUUUAUUGUGGAAGAGGAGUCACGGAAAAUCAAAGAAAAUCAUUCGAAUGGUUUCUGAAAGCUGCUGAACAAGGUGAUAAAUCAGCACAAUUUUAUGUUGGAUGUGCAUACGAUUCUGGAGAGGGUGUUGAGAAGAAUAGGUAUAAAGCAUUUGAAUGGUAUCUUAAAUCGGCUGAGAAUGGUCAUAAAGAUGCACAAUUCAAUGUUGUUUAUGCAUACGAAAAGGGAGAUGGGGUUGAAGAGUGUUUCAGCAAAACAGUGUUUUGGUUAGCGAAAAGAUUGAAUGGUAAUUUUCAAUUCAUUGAAAACCCUGAAGAGCAAUUUGGAUUAAAGGAUUUUUUGUCUGAAGAUUUGGCACAUUUUGAGAAUAUCACUGAACCUGUGAUUGUCAGAUUUGAAGAGAGGGAUUUUACAAUUUCCUACGAGUUGUUGAAACAUUCAAAAUACUUUUCAACAAUGUUGAAUUUAAACUGGAAUAGGUUUAAUGAAAAUGAGAACAAACAUAUUGUGCUCGAUUUGAGAUCUAUUCAAUCUGAAAUAUUUCAAGAACAACUUGAUUGCAGUCAGAUAUUUGAGAAUUAUAUUAAUUGCUUAAGAGGUGGAUUACCAACUAGUUGCGAAAUGCAGUUGCCAGUGAUUUAUUUGGCAAGAUAUUUGGGAGAUGAUUCGUGUAUUUUAAAAAUUAUGAAGAAGUCGAGUUUGUUAAUGAGGUAUUAUUUUCUAUUUCAAUUGGAAAGUCAUACUAAACUUCAUGUAGCCUUGGCAAGUUGUUUCUCUUCCAAACUAGCACCUACAAGAGACCUUUCAGAGGGUGUACUUGAAACACUACUUGUUCAAAGUGAAUUAUCUUGGCCUGCGAAAGAAAGGAUUUUUGGAGAGUAUAGUCAAAGAUUCAAAACACCAAUUUCGUUAACGUUCAGUAAGUCAUUCAUUAUUAACAAUUAUGAUAUUAAGCUUAAUAGAUAG